AUGUCUGAAAAAAACGAUCAAACAACAAAUCUUACCGAAUCGUUGAAAACAGGUUUACAAGAUACAAAUAAGGACAACCCUGUUUAUGAUAAAGCUGCAGUUUUAACAGCAGUAGCCAAUCUAGCUAACGCAACAGCUGAUGCGGUAUCUGCAGCUAAGGUAGAUAGCGUCAAUUCUAGACCUCGUGUAACUAGUUCUAGUUCCUUGGAUAGCAUACGGAGUUGUGAUAGCUUACUUCCAAAGGAAGAAGAUUUUUUCAAGGAAAGAUCUAAAACGAUUGAAAGUACUUAUCAUACACCGCGCCCAAGACCAGAAAAGAUAUCACAUACUAUGGUCCACCGGAAGCUUCCUCAAAUUCCAAAAGAGAGCCGAAGUGCAAGUGUCGCUACUUCAUCUCCACAUAGGAAUACGAUUCAUAAUCUAUUAGAUACUGGCAUUCCUACUCGAAAUCGAAAUCGCACUGAAGACUCCAAUGAUCACAGUGCGAAAGGUGUUGCAUUACAUAAUCGAAAAUUGCCGGAAAUUCCAAAGGGAGACAGUAUUUACCGCCUGAGUAAUAGUAGCACUACAUCACGAUCAACUUCGGAUUUAAGAUCCUUUCAAGAUGGUAAACCGAAAUCAUUUUCAAAUCGAGAAUUGCCUGAAAUUCCUAAGAAUGCCGAAGGUAAUGCAGCGAAAAUCUUGAAAUCAGUCCAAGGUCAACACUUACAUGUUGGAUCGUCUACAGUAUCGGAAUCAGCUACAGAAAAUUUCCAAACAAUUGCCCCUUCCCGUCAAGGACCUUUGCCACCUGUGCCACCUCGGGAUAGCGAUCCAACAGAAUCCAAAGAAUUUGCAAAUCGUCCCUAUGUUCGACUAGAUUCCUUUUCUAAUAGCGACUCCGAAGAUCAGAUAUCACAAGAUCAAAAUAAUAGCCAAGCUAAUAAUAAUAACUUACAAAUCCAGGUAGAUAGCGCGGAAGAAAAUAAAGAUAAGAAAUUGUCUGUUGGUAUGUUAGCGCCGUGGAAGUGGGCUAAAAAACGUCGGGCUAAGCACAAUAACAGUAGUGAUAACAAAACUGACGAAGGCGAAGAUGAAGAUUCUGAUAGUAGAUCAGAUAGUACGUUAAAUGCAGCUAAAGGACUUUCUCAUUCAACUGGCAACUUAUCGAAUGAUGAAUCUCAAGAUUAUUACCCACUUCGAAAAUCUAGCAGUAUGCCAUUACAAGAUGAAAAAAGUAAUGAUAUACAAUUUCUUACCUUGACUAAAGAAUCGUCGUCGUCGUCUAAUAGGAAGGCAAGUGGCACACAAUCCAAACAGUUCAAACUCCCAGAUAAUUCUACUAUUAAAAGCAAUAGUAAUAUAUUGUCCUCGAGUAAAGUAGCAGAUAUAUCGCAAAAAAAAAGUACAGUGAGUUCUAGCAGCAUCAUACCCGAUGAUGAUUAUGUAGAACCGUUAGAAAUUCAAAAGAUAAUUACGGAGGAUAACGACAAGUACGACUUCGAGAGGCCGAUAAAAUCACGACUGAAAAGAAGAACCGCUCGCCGAUCUAAAGUUAUGGGCCCACAGCUAGCUAUUUCCGCUAAACGUCGACCCAGUCAAGCAGGAGAUAGCGACGAAACCAAAGAAGAAGUGAAAGAAGAGGCAAAAAAACCGUUUAUACAAAAGCAAAAACAGCCAUCACGUGAACCUACUGAAGGUCGGCGUAAUAGUGCUAACAGAAAUUUUGUAGUCUUGAGUUUCAUCGAUGGAGGAGCUUCCACCAAGAAAGAAACUUCAUUCUUUGCCAACCUUAACAAGCCAGUUCGCCUUUUAACACCAAUGCUUAACGAUCAAGGUGAAGAAGCGAUAGAGUCAAAUGAUUCAGAUGCUGUGCUAUCAGUUUUAUCACCCACAGUACCUACCGAAUUGGUCUAUAAUGUCAAUGCCCGGGAAAGUAUUUCAGAAACAUUACCGCUCACAAUUUUCCAAAAAUCGAAUUUAGAUUCUACCUCCUAUCUAGCGCAAUUGCAGUUAGCGACCAUGACGGAGUUGAAUAAAAAAUGGAAAAAAGCAGCUAUGCCAUCCAUAGUUAAAGCUAGCGAGCGUAAUACCAACUUCUAUCAAAAGAUUCAAUGGAGUGAUUUAUUAUUGAUUGCUGACAUUAAUAAUCGUAUACCUUGCUUAAUUACACCGCAUGGUUGCUAUAUUAGCGUUAAAAUUAGUGGACAAGAAAAUCUCGGUGUUAAUCGUGAAUGUAUGGGUUCAGUCAAGAUCGAACCGAAUCAACAUCAUGUCUCCAAUUUUGCAGAAAAACUCCUGAUUAAACAUGAUAUACGCGUUAGUACAACAUUACAGUAUCAUCGCAAUGUCUGUACCACGGUGGCACAUUUUAAAGAGAAAUUACCUCUAGCUAUGCAUAGCUUAGUUCGUAAUUCAACCACUAAUAUCAAUCUAAAUAAUCCAGUAUCAUGUCUUCUAUUAGAUUGUUCGCCUAUUUGCACAGUAAAGCAAUAUGUUGAUAAUUGCGUAAGAUAUCAUGAUGUUCAUCCAUUAGAAUACGAAUUUACGGUUGUUAUGUUAGCAUUGCAAUUAUGUUACGGCUUGCAAUAUCUGCAUAGUGUAAAAGUUGUUCAUCGUGAUUUAUCCUUGGAUAAUUUGCUAUUGGUUAAAAGUCAAGAUGAUCUCUAUGCGCCAGUGGAGUUAUCCAUAACCAAUUUUAGCUAUUCACUACAUCAAGUUGGUGUUGAAAAUCCGUUCAAAAUUUCCAUCAAUGCGGCGUUAGCUAAUAUUGGUGGCAAUACAGAACAUCUACCGCCCGAAAUUGUUAAUGUUCAUGAAACUUCAACUGAACUGGAUUAUCAAUAUUGUGAUCAAUUUGCCGCUGGAUGUAUCAUUUAUGAAAUGUUACAUUUAGAUAAUCCCUUUGCAGAUCCUACUGUUCAAUUAGCUAUGCAAGAUUAUCGCAUUAGCGAUUUACCACUAAUACCUAUUCGUUCUGCUCUGUCUCAAUCCAUUGAACGAAUUGCUUUCGCUUUUUUAAACCGUAAACCAGAAGAACGUUUAACUAUCGAAAGAGCGAUACGAUUAUUAGGAUUUAUUUUAUGGGGACCGGAAGUGUUGAAAAGCAAUAAUAAGCCACCUAAAACCCAGAAUGCUGUCACUAAUUGGUUAAUUUGUAAGCGUCAAGAAUUCCUUUGUUAUCUCGUGGAAAAAUCCACUAGUACUUUCUUAGAUGAUUCCAUUGAAGUUUCUAGCUUUGGAUCUGUUUUUACACUAGAAGAGAGUUUAAAACUUCACUUUUUAACCCAUGCUACAUCGACGUCAUUAUUAGAAGAUUGGACUUUCUUAACGGCUCCACUUCAAGACUCGUAA